UGGUAUAUUUUAAAUAUCAACAUGCGGUCACACUACUUCUCUUAUUCUUUCUUUCAGCGUGAAACAUUGAACCGAACAACUCGGUUGAAUUGUUGGAAUCAUGGUUAACGGCCGCAUACCCUCGGUCUUCUCAAAGACCUAUGUGACUCCCCGUCGCCCCUAUGAAAAGGCGCGUCUGGAUCAGGAGUUGAAAAUCAUCGGCGAGUACGGUCUCCGCAACAAGCGUGAGGUGUGGCGCGUCAAGUACGCUUUGGCCAAGAUCCGUAAGGCUGCCCGUGAUCUGCUCACUUUGGAUGAGAAGGACGAGAAGCGUCUGUUCCAGGGUAAUGCUCUUCUGCGUCGUCUGGUGCGCAUUGGUGUCUUGGAUGAGUCUCGCAUGAAGCUCGAUUACGUGCUCGGUCUUAAGAUUGAGGAUUUCUUGGAGCGUCGUCUGCAGACCCAGGUGUUCAAGCUGGGAUUGGCCAAGUCCAUCCAUCAUGCCCGUGUGUUGAUCCGUCAGCGUCACAUCCGUGUGCGCAAGCAGGUGGUCAACAUUCCAUCGUUCGUGGUGCGUCUGGAUUCGCAGAAGCACAUUGACUUCUCCCUGAAGUCGCCCUUCGGUGGUGGCCGUCCUGGCCGCGUUAAGAGGAAGAACCUGAAGAAGAACCAGGGUGGUGGUGCCGCCGCUGCUGAUGAGGAGGAAGAGUAAACCAGCUCUGCUAAGUUUACAUUUUUUGUAAAAAGUAAAGUUGCAAAAUGUUUACACACAAAAUAAACGUAAAAUUUUAAAUAAAAA